AUGUUAUUGGGAAUAGAAGUUUUCAAUGAGUUAUUCACCGGUAAAUCGUUUCCGUUGACAGAUGACUGCAAGCUGUGGUGCAAAGAAAGCUUAUUUGGAUGGGUCGUUGCCGGAUCCGUUUUCGGAGAAGAAUCGAGGUGUAAAACUAACGAGUUUUGUGGAGUGUUAACGAACGAUACUUUGAGCAAACAGAUAAGUCAGUUUUGGGAAAUGGAGGCUAUAUCCGAGCCACGUAAAUUAACCCAAGACGAAAGGGCAGCUGAGUAUAGUUUCGUAAAUACCUAUCGUAGACUUCCAGAUGGCCGAUACGAACUAGGACUUCCAAUGACGACGAGCAUAAAUGAACUGGGUGAUAGUUUCGACAUGGCUUUACAUAGAUUUGUGCAAUUGGAAAGACGUCUUAUUCACAACGAUAAUCUUUAUGAGCAGUACAAAAUAUUUAUGCAUGAUUAUAUGGAUCAAGGGCACAUGAUGAAGGUGGAUCCGGCUGCGCGUGAUGGAUACUUCAUGCCUCACCACGCUGUACUCAACCCAGCAAGCACUACGACAAAAAUGCGUGUCGUGUUCGAUGCAUCAGCAAAUACAACUUCUGGAAGUGAAGACCUGUAUGUCGACGAUUUGUUGAGUGGAGCCGAUACGCUAAACGAGGCUUUGGCUUUACAGAGAGAAUUCAUUGAUAUGAUGGCGACAGGAGGAUUUGCUUUGCAUAAAUGGGCGUCAAACCAUCCAGCGCUGUUGACAAGGGUGUCCAAUGCAGCUUCUGAGCAGAUAGCGUUCUUCAAAGAUGAUAAAACUACCGGUGCCUUAGGGCUAACUUGGCAGCCUAGUACCGACGUGUUUCUGAAAAAACUCCACGAUAUCACCUUCAGUUCGGGAUAUUGUACCAAACGAACAGUUUACUCUGACAUAGCGAAACUGUACGAUCCGUUGGGUCUGCUUGGUCCUCUUAUAUUCAGCGCAAAAAAAUGCCUACAACGACUGUGGCAGCUUGAGGUAGAGUGGGACGAAGUCUUGGCUGAAAAUGUCGCUGAACCAUGGAUUACUUUCCGGAAUCAAAUCAUCGAAAUGGGAGAACUAUCCAUAAAGCGCUGUGUUCUUCCUCAUAUAUCGCAUCACGCAAUUGAGCUCCAUGGUUUCUGUGAUGCGUCUAAUUUGGGAUAUGGAGCAUGUGUUUAUAUUCGUGUAAUGGAUAGCAAUGGUCACUUCGCAGUAACUCUACUAACCUCUAGAUCAAGAGUCGCCCCACUGAAGAACGCCAGACCAACCAUACCGCGUCUUGAACUAUGUGGCGCACUUGUACUUGCACAAUUAAUUUCUAACAUAAAGAACAAUUUACAAAUUUCCUUUUCCAGAAUCAUUCUUUGGUCCGAUUCGACCACAGUUCUUUCUUGGAUAAAAACCGAUCCUGGCAACCUGAAAACGUUCGUCUGCAACAGAGUUAUCGAGAUACGAGAUCUAACUCAGGGAAUGGAAUGGAGGCACGUUGGAACGAAGGACAACCCUGCAGACUUAAUAUCUCGCGGUCUGCUUCCCAGCGAAAUAUCAACAUCAACCCUCUGGUGGUCAGGACCAGCUUUCUUACACCAAGAUGAAACACAAUGGCCUAGCGGGUUUCACAGCAUAACAGGAGAUUCUCUUCCAGAGAUGAAAAGUUCAUCAAUAAACCUCGCAGUCUCCGAUACUCCAACAAUGUUUAUCCUCUUCACCGUGGAAAGUAAGUUCCGGAAAAUGCAACUAGUGACAGCUCUGAUUCUACGAUUCAUCAACCACAUUCGUCCAAAUGGACAGAGGCAACAUCGAUACGGUCCGUUAUCAAUCGAAGAACUUGAACAAGCUACUCUGGCGCUUGCAAGUAUUGUCCAGAAAGAAGCUUUCCCAGUUGAUUUCCAUCGUUUGUCCGUUGGUCAAGAAUUGCAUCGGAAGAGUAAGCUGAUUCCAUUCAAUGUUUUCCUCGACACUUCGAGGUUCACGGUACUUAGAGUUGGCGGAAGGAUCCGUCAUGCUGCACUGCCCGUUUGUCAGAAGCAUCCAAUCGUACUUCCAUCGGAUCAUCUAUUUACGCAUGCGUUGGUUCGUUCAUACCACGAGGAACUGAUUCACGCUCCACCACAAAUGCUUUUAAGUGCUCUCCGACGACGAUUCUGGGUAUUGCAUGUGCGCAGUGUUGUUCGCAAAAUCAUCCAAGGAGUUUAUCCCUUUCUUAACACGGGUGUGGACUUUUGCGGCCCAAUGUACAUCCGCCAGCACAACAAGCGAUCAACGGUUACAUACAAAGCAUACGUAGCACUUUUUGUCUGCUUUGCGACAAAGGCGAUUCAUAUGGAGUUAGUCGGCGAUUUGACUGCAGAUGCCUUCAUUGCAGCACUUCAGCGCUUCGUUGCAAGGAGAGGCAGCAAAAAUAAGCUGAAGGAGCUGCACGACCUGUUCCAAACCCAGAAGAUGAAGGCACUACGGGAUGAUUGGUGCGAAAAAUCAGCAAUUGAGUGGCAUCUCAUUCCUCCAAGCUCACAACAUUUCGGUGGUUUAUGGGAGGCUGGAGUCCGUUCAGCGAAGUACCAUCUGAAGCGCAUCACUGGAACGGCGAACAUGAACUUCGAGCAAUACACCAUCGUACUUACUCGCAUUGAAGCCAUUCUCAACUCGAGACCAAUAUCACCUAUAUCUGAGGACCCGAGUGACUUAAACCCGCUCACCCCUGGCCACUUCCUGGUGGGACAUCCGUUGACUGACAUCGCCGAACCGGACAUAAGCGACCGCAAGGAGAGCAAACUGGCACGAUGGCAACGUUAUACACUGAUGGUCCAACAUUUUUGGGCCAGAUGGUCACAGGAUUAUAUCACGACAUUGCAAAACCGCAACAAAUGGCAUGAACGCUUGCCAGUAACCCCAGGACAGUUGGUAAUUGUCCGUGAGGAUAACGUACCCACAAUGCAGUGGAGACUGGGAAGGAUCCAAGAUGUCAUUCCAGGCCAGGACGGUCUCGUGCGUGUGGCGAAUGUACGUAUGGGUAACAAGGUGAUCCGUCGACCGGUUACUAAACUGUGCCUGUUACCGAUAGAGGGCAACUGUGAACAACCAGAUGAGCAUCUGAAUCAUUCCACCGACCAGUUGGAGGAUUGA